AUGUCAGAGCCACAGCAACAACCAACUCCGGAGAAAACUCCUCGGCCCGGCCUGAACCGCAGCAACUCAGAGGUGUCGACGACAGAUGUAGAUGAUCAAGGUUACGAGUCUCGAUCCAGGUCACAAUCAAGACGGCGCAGGCGACAAAACCAGCGACAGAGACAAGCUCAGGCAAAGAGCCAGUCGGGCAAUGCCUCUGCGCAGUCGAUGGCCUCGAUCAACGAGCAGGCUGAAGAGACCCAAGACCAUCCCGGCACGCAGGUGGCGAAGAGAGAUCCCGAGCAGAGAGACCAGCCGCAAUGGCUCAAGAACCCCGACCCGCGAGACAUUACCGAAGCGCAACCGUUCGAUCGGAUAAAGCCACCGUCACAGUCAAUGACCGGUCCCGUCACGUACGCACGCAUGCUUCGGGGAGAGAUCCCCUGGCGUGGGGCGCCUCCCACGCAACCGCUCGAGACGGCACAACCUGUCGACACCAAGGACAGCAGCGGCAAGGAUCCCAUGGAUCAGGACGGCCUCAAGUUGCGCAUAGAGUUGAACCUGGACAUUGAGAUCGAGCUCAAGGCGAGCAUCCACGGUGACCUCACAUUGGCACUCCUGUAA